UCCCAUUUAAAUAUACUGUAAAUAUGUACGGGGAUCCGCCAAAGGACUAGGGGAGACAGAGCAGGAAGUGGGUGAAGGAGUAGUGUCCAGUUUUGGGACCGAGUUAUUGAAACCCGUAGUAGCAUGAUUUUCGUUGCUACAGGUGAAAUGUUGUUUACAUCCGGGUUGUUUCGGAUGAAAACAACACCCACUACUACACAAGCACUUAGCAACAGUGUUGUUAAGCCGAUUAGACACCACGAUGGCAGGGGAGACAGAAGACGAAAUACCUGAAUCGGGAGCAGUCUUUACCUUUGGGAAAAGCAAAUUUGCAGAUAACGUCCCUAGUAAAUUUUGGCUGAAAAACGACAUACCCCUGAAAAUCUCCUGUGGGGAUGAGCAUACAGCAUUGAUAACAGAAAAUGGCAAACUUUUCAUGUUUGGCAGUAAUAACUGGGGUCAGCUGGGUUUGGGGUCAAAGACCACAGUGAACAAGCCCACUUGUGUAAAAGCUUUGAAGUCUGAAAAGAUUUGGCUUGCAGCCUGUGGAAGAAAUCACACUUUAGUUUGCACAUCUCGGGGAAAUGUGUACUCUACUGGUGGGAACAAUGAAGGCCAGCUAGGACUGGGGGAUUGUGAGGAGAGGACCACCUUCCAAUUGGUGGAUUUCUUUAGUUCACAUGGACCAAUCAAAAUGCUUGUUGCUGGUUCCAACACCUCUGCUGCCCUCACAGAAAGUGGUAAGCUGUUCACGUGGGGUGACAACACGGAGGGUCAGAUCGGUCUGGGGAAGGAGAUGAAUUCUUUGACCCCCCGAGAGGUCACUGUGGGUCGGCCGGUUUCCUGGGUGUCCUGUGGAUACUACCACUCUGCUUUUGUCACUGUUGACGGGGACUUGUACACCUUUGGGGAGUGCGACAGCGGCAAACUGGGAUUGGCCACGGGUCAGUUGGCUGGGCACCGGGUGCCCCAGCAUGUAAAGGGCAUCACAGACCGGGUGACCCAGGUGGCAUGCGGAGGUGGGCACACCGUGGCUUUGACUGAGGACAACCUGUACACUUUUGGCCUGGGUCAGUUCGGCCAGCUGGGCCACGGGACCUUUAUCUUUGAGGCGCGGCUGCCCAGAUCGGUGGACCACUUCAGGAAGGGACUUGUUCGGCACGUGACGUGUGGGGAGAACCACACUGCUGUCAUCACAGACAGUGGUCUUCUCUACACCUUUGGGGAUGGAAGACAUGGGAAGUUGGGACUUGGCGAGGAGAACUUCACCAAUCAGUUCAAGCCCACUUUAUGUCUGCGCUUCCUCAAGUAUAACGUCCAAGCGGUUGAUUGUGGGGGUUGUCACAUGCUGGUUCUAGCCAAGCCUCGAGAUAAGAGCUGCGAGGAGGUGACUCUGGAGGAGGGUGAUGUCACAGAGGACUACCUGGACAAGUCCUUCACUGAGCUCCUAGGGGACACCCUCAUCUUAACCCCUGCUACCCUGAAAGGGAGCCUCUCUGCACGUGUCAGGAGGAGAGAAAGGGAGCGCUCCCCAGAGCAGUUCGGGCUCAUGUUCCGCACCCUGCCCCCUCUGACAUCCAGCCGCCUCGACACCUCCUUGCCCGUGUCCAGCCAGACCAUCCCGUCCAAGCUGCCCCCCAGGGUGCAAAGCAACGGAAAGGUGUACAAAGGCAUUCACCAACCCAGGAGCGCUGGGCCUAGCAGCACGGAAAGGAGGUCCGAUGAAAGAGACGUCGGCGCCGUGGAGAACGCGACGGACACCGAGAGCGUUAAAGGCCUGGGAGACACCACGGACCUCCUCAACAUGACUCAUGUGAUAAAAAUGGACCCAUGUGACAAGACCCUGACGCUGUCUCCAGUCCAGAAGAGGAAGGGUAAGUCGGUGAAAGAGCACGGUAUGGCUGGGGAGAGCCCGGGGAACUCGUCCUCUAGGAGGACGGUUGACACGAAGCGUCGGGCCCUUCCCACUGAGCUGCUGAGGAAACCCGGUGAGAGAUCUCUGCUGGCUGAGGAAAGCCCGCGCCGCAGGGCCGCCCAGGGCAAAGGCAGUGGCAAGGAGAAUCUAGUUACGACUAUGGAGGAGAUAAAACCAGCCAAGCCGAAGGCUGGCACUGCCGCGCCCAAGCCGACCGGCUUGGACAACGCUAGCGAUGCCAAAACCCGAACCCGUCCCUCUGUACAGAAAAGCCGACUGCUCGUGGCGGAGAGAAAAGGCAAGGAAGUGAGGGAGAAAUUUGUAGCAGAAUCUAAGGCGUUACAAAUGAAGAGUCCAGCCAAAAGUCAAAGUAGAGAUGUCAAAAAUGCCCCCCUAGAGGUCAACCCAAAAUCCACGAAGGUGAAAAGUCAACUUACAGUGGGACAAAAUCGACAUUUUGGCCUUAAGAACACACCAGAAGGCAAGAGUAGCACAAAUUCCCGAGACCUUAAGCUAGCCGAUGCUCUGAGUGUGAAAAAGACGACCAAAUCAAAAGAACCAGUGAUGGUAUUGGAAGUGCCCAAGGAGUCCACGACUGAAGAAGAAAAGGGCAAACCGGAGACCGCAGAAGCACCUGAGGGGACCUCGCAGCGCACCUUACUCACCGGAGUGGCCUGUCUGGUGUCAGGGGCGGGGCUAGCGGCGGCGGCCAGUCAGGCUGGUUCUCACCAAGCGGGAGACCCGGCCCGGAGACAGAGCAGGGCAGAGACGUUCACCAGACAGAUCGCUGAGGGGACACGGUCUUCCUGGAGCGAGUGCUCUGAAUCAACGGCCUCUCAACCUGGAGGAAAGAGCAUGGCAGCCGCCGCCCCGGGAAGCUCCGAUCAGGGGGCCGAGGAAGAGGAGCGCGGGUCCUCAGCCGGUCCACCAGACAAGCGGGGACGUGGGAAGAGGAGAGGGGAGGGGAGCACCUGCGAGACGGAGAGCGGCGACGGUCGGACGUCGACCAGGCAAACGAGCGAGGGUAAGGAAGACGAAAGUGAGGGAGGGGUUGGAACCGGUGCAGGAGGUGGGGAUGGAGGGGAGGAGUGCGUGGCGGGGAUCAGUCACCAGAUUACCGAAGAGGGUGACAACACUGUGAAGGUGGAGGAUGGUGGGAACUCUGAAUCAGAGGAGGAGAGGAGAGGAGCAAAUGAGCACUGGAAGAAUGAAAAGGAGCAAGGCCAAAAGAGUGUGCCGGAAGUCGCCGAGGAGGAGGAUGUUAUGAGUAGCAGCGCGGCAGGAGAGGGAGAGGAGGUGGAAGUGAGUGAGGGUGAGGAGACUGAGAGCAACUUGAGUGAGGAUGAAGAGGAGGAAGAGAGUGCGGAAGCAUCGCAGGGUGAGACUAGGAGCAGUAAUCAGGAAUCUGAGACUGAGGACGAGGGAGAGGUAGAGGAUGGAGGGAAAGUGGAAGCAGAAAGUGAGGAAACAAAUGAGAGUGCAGAAUCUGUAGAGGAAGAUGAGAGUGAGGUGGACAGUGAAACGAAGGCAGAGGAUGAGGAGGGUAGUACUGCAGAGGAUGAGGAGGAUAGUACUGCAAAGGGAGAGAGUAGUACUGCAGAGGGAGAGCGUAGUACUACAGAGGGAGAGCAUAGUACUACAGAGGGAGAGCAUAGUACUACAGAGGGAGAGCAUAGUACUACAGAGGGAGAGCAUAGUACUGCAGAGGGAGAGCAUAGUACUACAGAGGGAGAGCAUAGUACUGCAGAGGGAGAGCAUAGUACUGCAGAGGGAGAGCAUAGUACUACAGAGGGAGAGCAUAGUACUACAGAGGGAGAGCAUAGUACUACAGAGGGAGAGCAUAGUACUACAGAGGAGGAGAGUAGUACUGCAGAGGGGGAGAGUAGUACUGCAGAGGGGGAGAGUAUUACUGCAGAGGGGGAGAGUAUUACUGCAGAGGGGGAGAGUAGUACUGCAGAGGGGGAGAGUAGUACUGCAGAGGGGGAGAGUAGUACUGCAGAGGGGGAGAGUAGUACUGCAGAGGGGGAGAGUAGUACUGCUGAGGGAGAGAGUAGUACUGCUGAGGGGGAGAGUAGUACUGCUGAGGGGGAGAGUAGUACUGCUGAGGAGGAGAGUAGUACUGCAGAGGAGGAGGAAGAAGAUGUGGGGGGGGCUGAGAGUGAAAGGGAGGAUAAAAGUGAAGGGGAUGGAGAUGAGAAUCAGGGUGAGGAGGAAGAGGAUCAGGGUGAGGAGGAAGAGGAUCAGGGUGAGGAUGCGGAAGAAGAGGAGGAGGAAGAAGAGGAGGAAGAGGAUCAGGGUGAGGAGGAAGAGGAUCAGGGUGAGGAUGCGGAAGAAGAGGAGGAGGAAGAGGAUCAGGGUGAGGAGGAAGAGGAUCAAGGUGAGGAGGAGGAAGAAGAGGAGGAAGAGGAUCAGGGUGAGGAGGAAGAGGAUCAGGGUGAGGAGGAGGAAGAAGAAGAGGAGGAAGAGGAUCAGGGUGAGGAGGAAGAAGAAGAGGAGGAAGAGGAUCAGGGUGAGGAGAAGGAAAAAAGUGAAGGGGUGGGAGAAGAGGAUCACCGUGAGGACGAGGAAGAAGAAGCAAGAGAGGCCGAAGAAGAGAGUGCAGCCAAGGCAGAGGACGAAAAUGAGGAACAAUCAGAAAAACAGGAAGAAGAGGAAGAGAUUGAAAAAAGGAAAAACAAAAGUAGCAGGUCCAAACUGAGGUCAGGGAAAGGGGAGGCCUUCUGGGAAGAUGUUUUACCUCAGUACCUCAAUCUCAAAUGAUGGUAACAAACCGACUUCACGUGACUGUUCCAAACUGGUGUUGUUGGCCAACUCUAACACUUUUAGCUGACUAUUCGAAUGCCUUUUUUGUAACUCCAACUGUUUUAUUUAUUUAAUCGUUAUGAUUUGAGUAUUUAUUUAGGUCAAAUUCAUGUCCACAGCCUUUUCUAUUUUAUAUAUUCAAAAAAAAAAAUUAAACCCCUUCUUUGAUCAUUACCAAUACUUGAAAAUUACUUUUAGUAGACUUUGUUCUCUGAACUUUUUUCAUAACUGUUUUGAUGUAUGUAUAUGAUAUUACAUAAUUGUUUUGUAAAAGUUUUUUUAAUAAAUAUUGUUUCUGCGAAAAGAACAGCGACAAGAACUUCUCCCAACAUAUACUGCCCAUAUCGUGUCAUUUCAUUCCGCCCGUUCUCAACACAUGAAUACAUUGUAUGGUUUGCAUUAAACCGUUCCAGUAGCAGGUGGGAUGCCUUUUAUUUAUUUCUAUCAUUUUAGCCCAGUAGUAGCUUUAUAGCGCUGUAAUCCCUUAGCAGCCAUCAUGUCUUCCUCCAGUCCAAUUAGUGCUUAGUCUUCUUCGUGUGUGUGCAUGCGUGUAUUCUUGUGCACACCUUCCAUUUUCUCCCUUUUGACUACAUGUUCUGUUACGCAAAUAUCAAUUGAUUGUUUGGACCAAUCUGCCUCACUCACUCAUACCUUUUUGUAGGAUUUAGGAGAUGAAGAGAGGGGUGAAGAAGAGGAUGAUGAUGAGGAGGAUGAUGAUGAUGAGGAGGAGGAGGAGGAGGAGGAGAUUAACA